GUUGGGCUGAGUAUGCUCCUGUAUCUUGUGAGUGCUCUGCUUCUACCAAGGGGAAACAAGGAGCUGAGCCUUGUUGAUGACGGCCGCGUGGUAUCGAGGGGUUUGCUGAGACCAAUCCUGAUGAGGGAUGCUGUUGUUGAAGAUGAGAUCAAAGGUGCAAAUGUGAUGUUCAAGCCUGUGGAAACAAGAGUGGGAUUCAUCGAUAUCUUGAGGUUGAGAAGGGAGUUUGCAGCUUGGGAGGAGACACAAGAGGGUGCUGGGGAGAGCUUUGGAGAGUCUGAUAAUGCUGAAAAGUCUGACAGUGCUGAAAAGUCUGAUAAUGCUGAAGAGCCUGAAGACAAAUCUGAUACAAAGACAAAGGCUAAUGGCCCACAUAAGAAGAAAACAUAAGCUUGUAUCACACUGGAUAGCAAUUGUAGCACUUCUUUAUAUACCUACAGCUGUAAAUCAAACAAAUGUAUUCAAAGAGAAGCAACG